AUGUCCUUCCCGUACAAGCACUGCCUGGCCAUCGGCGCCACCUCCGGCAUAGGCCGGGCGCUGGCAUCGAGACUAAUCCAAGCAGGAAUGAAGGUCACAGUCGUCGGCCGGCGUCAAGAAAGAUUAGACGAGUUUGUCAAUUCUCACGGGCAUGAUAAAGCCAGUGGCGUGGCGUUCGAUAUUGGCCGGCUGGAAGAUAUUCCCAAAUUUGCAGCAGACGUCAUUGCCAAAUCCCCCGAUAUCGACUGUCUCUUCCUGAAUGCCGGAAUCCAGAAUCCCCAUGACCUUGCCAGUGCACAGCCAUUCGACCUAGCCAGUUUCCACGAGGAAGUCAAGGUCAAUUUCUCCAGCUUCAUUUCGCUGGUACAUGCCUUUUUACCGUAUUUCAAGAAGAACUCGCACCCUUCAUCGUUUAUCUUCACCGGCUCAAACCUCGCCAUUAUACCCGCAGCCUCUCUCCCUGCAUACUCGGCGUCCAAAGCCGCCCUAAACGCCUUCACGCUCUGUCUACGCGAGCAGCUGCGCCAUUCGCAAACAAGCGUUAUUGAGAUAUCGCCUCCUCCUGUCCAGACUGAACUGCACGACUACAUGGGUGAAGAAGCUGGUCGAGGCAUGGGCAUGUCCCUCGAUGCAUUCACACAGCAAGCGUACGAAGGUUUAGUCGAAGGUAAAGACCAGAUUGUUAUCGGCAGCAUUGGGCCCGCAGAGACGUUCCAUGGGACUAUUGAUAAGCGCCGCGCGGCGUUUACGGAUUUGGCGAGGGCUAUGCGUGGUGGGGAGCGGUGA